AUGGCUUGCAAGCGCAGUGUUCAAGUUUUACAUCGGAGAAGCUGUUCGCUGGAUCAACUGAGAGAAAAGAAGAGAUACAACCACUACGGAUGCUGGUGCGGCCCAGGUGGUUCCGGUAAACCAAUCGACGGUAUUGACACGUGCUGCAUGCAUCAUGACCUUUGCUACGAUGAAGCUGUGAAAAGCGGUGUAUGCAGCAAAAUCGGGUCGUACCUCCGGCACUACGGCUGGGAUUGUGUCAAGGAGAGGAAUGAGAAGCAUGCCAAAUGUAGAGGUGAGUGA